AUGGUCAACGAGCUCCGUGUUAGCAUUCCACAAACCGAGGCUGGACCCAGCGAUGGCAGUGUGAGUGUCGGUGGGUCCGUUCAGCAUCUGAUGCAGCCCAGCCUCGACCAAAGCCUCUUCUCGAGUUCGCUAUGUGCGACUUUAGCCAACAACACGAAUGGGUACAGAGACACUACGGCUCCUUCGUCUGGCCCACCGUCCGGCUUCACACCUCAGUCGAUGGGCCAGGGGAGCAAUUGCUAUCACGAUGGCUACGAUGGCCAACAGUACCUGUUCCCAGAUUAUCCUGUCGAUGGAAUGGGAUCGACUUACGGGUCAAUGAUGCCUGUCAGCGGGCUGGAUUUCAUGAAUGACCAGGAAAAGAACAUCUCGCAUGAUCCGCUUUACGGAUUGUUUGCGCCGACACAGCAUUUCGUCUGA